AUGCUGUUGGUGGACUGUAAACUGUUGGAGGUUCUCCGGGGGAGGAGGCGCAUUCGUGCCGUGGCCAUGAAGCUGCCUUGCUUCUUCUGGUUCUUCCUGCUGUUUGGAGCCGGAGGUCUGGUGCUCUUCAUCCAUCUACAGGACCUCUCAGAGAUGGUCCAACACCAAGGCCCAGGGAUGAAGUUCAGAGCCACGGCCAGGCAGACGAGGGAGGAGAUGUGUUCUCAGUAUAGUGAAGCACCGGGGAGUGAGUCCAUUCGCAGGAGCAGGGUUAACACACCAGGCCAAGAGGGUGCAUCCAGCCCCAUCUCACCUAUGCAGUUCCCCGCUUUUGAGUGGGGGGGUCAGGCCGCCACCCCCGGCUCACGGGAGCAAGACAUGGGUUCUCCUCGAGUCACCAAACGUCACAGGAAGCUGUUGAAAACGAGCCCCGUCGUCAGAUCACACCAAAACUCUUCUUCCUCCUCCUCCUCUUCCUCUUCCAAGCCUUCCUUCGUCAUCUCCGCACAGGAAAGCUGGAGCAGACUUUUGCAUAUCCAGGAAGCGAGGCGACAGUUGAUGAAAGAGGUGUGUGCCAAAUACAGGAGCAACAUCUCCAGGACGAUCACUCCCCAUCACGUGUCGCGCAUCUACGUGGAGGACAAAUACAAACUCCUCUACUGCGAGGUCCCCAAAGCAGGCUGCUCCAACUGGAAGCGGAUCCUGAUGGUGUUAGCUGGACUCGCCUCCUCCACCCACGACAUUAAACACGAUGCCGUGCAUUACGGCAACCACCUUAAGCGGCUGGACAGCUUUGACCGCCAGGGCAUCACCCGUCGACUGGACACCUACACCAAAGUGCUCUUCGUGCGAGAGCCUCUGGAGAGGCUGGUGUCAGCCUUUCGGGACAAGUUUGAAAGCCCCAACUCAUACUACCAUCCGGUUUUCGGGAAGCCGAUCAUCUCGAAGUAUCGCGUCAACGCCUCGAAGGCGGCCCUUAAGACGGGCAGCGGCGUGACCUUUCGGGAAUUUACUCAGUACCUGCUGGAUGUGCACAGGCCGGUGGGCAUGGACAUCCACUGGGAACCAGUAAGCCAGCUCUGCAGCCCGUGCCUGUUGGAUUACGACUUCAUCGGUAAGUUCGAGACCAUGGAGGAAGAAGCGAACUUUCUCCUCAAACAGAUAGGGGCCCCUAAAAACCUCACGUUCCCCACCUUCAAGGACAGGAACCCCAAGGCGGCAAGGACUUCCACCCACAUCACACAGCACUACUUUGCACAGCUCAAUGCAUCAGAGAGACAGAGGGCCUAUGACUUCUAUUAUAUGGACUACCUAAUGUUCAAUUACUCCAAACCACUCAAAGACUUAUACUGA